UUUUUCAAUCCGCAAAGCUGUCAUUUAUUAUUGCGUGCAGAGGAAUCAAAAGAAACUUUCCUAAUGGCCCAGUUCAAAAAAUCUACUUGCCAGGACAUAGGGGACUCAAGAGAUAGGGCAUUGGUUCAGUUUUCUAAAUUCAACUAAGCCAGCCACGACUUUGUUAGCCAUGUUGGUGAAUCCGGCCAUCUCUUUCUUUUUACAAGUAUACAACUCAUCCAUCCAUCUCUUUCGCAAUAUAAAUAACAAAAUACCGAGUCUGUUUAUUCUUUCUCUGCUUAAUUCAAGAAGCAUAUAUAAAAACAAUAUACAAUACCACCAUCGCCAUCUUCAUUCCUCUCUUUGCCGUCCCCCAAUUGUCCUUCCUCUGACCAACAUCACUCCUUUUUAUUUUUAUUACAGUCGUUACAAACUUGAUCAUCUUUGUAUUUUGGCCGGAUUCCUUUAUAAGUGUCGUUUCGCUUUAUGAAAUGAUAUGAAUGUGAUUGACUUGUCAAAAAAUAAAUAAACAAUUGACUUCCACACUCCUUUGAGCCAUUUGCCUCUCUCUCUCUCUCUCUCUCUCUCUCUCUCUCUCUCUCUCUCUCUCUCUUAAAUUAUAACUUUGAACACUGCAAGCUGCUUUAGUUUUGUAAUAAACCAAGUAUUCAACCAAAACCCAUAUUUCCAAUCAUCUCGUGCAUUCCCUAAUGUUCCAAAAAGUUUAUAUUCAUUCUUCUUCUUCUUGUUUUGGUCUUUGUUUCUCUACUCUUUGCUACUCUCCAGUUGUUGAAUCUUGAAAUUGUCAAGUUAUAAUAAACCUUCUGGGGUUAUUUCUUUGUUGAAUUUCCACUCAUUGAUGCAACAAUGUAUCCAAACUCCCCCUCCUCCAUCUUAUCAAUUCUCACCUUAUUAACCACCCUUAAAUUUGUAUUUUGCCAAUCUUUACUAUCCAGUACUUGCAUCCUAGAUAUUCAAAAUCCUUCAUCUGGGAAUGACUCCAAUUGCACGCAAGGAAACUGGGGCGGAUUCUUAAACAAGAAUCACUGUGGAUUUGCUUUCAACAGGUAUCUCCAUGGGUUGGGAUAUCGCGCCAACCAAACAGGAGAUAUCUUCUUGAAUUCCACUGAGCAAAUAGGCUGCUUAGAUUCAAUGCAGACUAGUUAUGAGAGUAUUGUAAACUGUGGUAUUCAGAAGCUGAGCAAAGGAGGUGGUGGAUGUUCUGACUAUUCUGUUUCAGAUGUUGAUAGGAAGCUUGGAACUAGAUUAAGGACUUUAGAUGAAAACUGCAAGUUGUUGGGUUCGAAAAACCAAUCCGAUACGGCUUGUAGUGAUUGUUUGAGAAGUUGGGAAGAAAUGGAUAUAUGGAAAAACAGUAGAAGAGAUCCAGUUGUAGUUGAGGCUGAUAUUUGCAGGUUUUCAGUACUUGUUUCGAUGACAAGCAGAAGGAUUGGCGAUGAUAAAUGGGUUCAGGCAGUUUAUCAGUGCCUCGGAGAUCAAAGCCUUCCAAUCCGUAAAUUAGAUCAAGAUGAUCAUGAGGGUGAAUCCAAAAAGAAGGACAAAGAGUUAGGAAUUCUAAUUGGAGGAAUAUUGGGGAUUAUAGUUAUGCUCGUUGUCGUGUCUUGGAUAUUGUAUAGGAGAUCAUCUAAACCAAAACUCCACAAAGGAAAAACCGAAUCAAAAUUUUCACCAUCUGGGGAAUCAAGCUGCCACAAGAUACCGAUCAAGGAAAUUUAUUCCGCGACAAAUGAUCUCAGUCACUUGAACUUCAUUGGCCAAGGAAUGGCGGGAAAGGUAUACAAGGGGAUUUUAUCAAAUGGUCAACAUGUCGCGGUUAAACACAUAAUCAAUGAUGGAGAGAUGGAGACUUUUGUUAGAGAAGUUACAAGCCUAUCGCACAUCAGACAUCCGAAUCUUGUAUCUCUCUUAGGUCAUUGUGAGGGACGCAACGAGUGUUUUCUUGUUUAUGAGCUUUGCGAAAAUGGAACUCUCUCGGAGUGGCUAUUUGGUAAAGAGAAAAUCCUGUCUUGGAGCCAAAGACUUGAGAUUGCAAUCGAUUGCGCUAGGGGUCUGUCGUUUCUCCACACGUAUCCCAAAGGCUGCAUUAUACAUCGCGAUAUCAAGCCGACAAAUAUUCUCAUUGGCACAAACUUUCAAGGGAAACUUUCAGAUUUCGGGUUAUCGAAAGUCAUGGGCAUGGGGCAAUCCUUUGUGAGCUCAGAAGUGAGAGGCACAUUUGGUUAUGUGGAUCCUGAGUACCGAAACAACCACCACGUUAAUUCUUCUGUCGACGUCUACAGUUUUGGAAUAGUACUUUUACAAAUCCUAUCCGGGCAACGGGUUAUCAAUAUGGACACGAACGAACCAAUGACUAUCAGUAAAAUGGCAAAUUUUCUCACAAGGGGUGGGAAUAUAACUGAGUUCGCUGAUCCGAAACUCAAGGGGGAUUUCCCAGAUGAAGCUUUCGAACGUGUGAUGAAGUUGGCUUUGUCAUGCACCGGGCUUAAGCAGCAGAGGCCAUCAAUGGAACAAGUGGUCGCAAGAUUAGAGAAGGCACUUGAUAUUUCAGUAGCAUUUUCAGUAGUAUUGAAUCCUGUAAUUCCUCAUUUCAGGCAAAAUGAUUCCUAGUUUGAUCAUUCUUGAUUGUGUUGGAAUUUGAUUUUAGAACCGCAUCAGAAACAUCACAAUACAGAUGCGGUUUUU